AUGCCCGUCGAAGUCGGAGUCGGCAAGACGGAGACGCUCUUGCUGAAGCCCUCGGAGUACCAGGGACUGAACGGCACGGCUGUUGCCGGGCGAGUUGUGAUCAUGACCACGAACACGGUGCCGAUCAAGCAACGCGUCAGCCCUGCCGCUGCGCCUUCCAAAGGGAAAGGCAAGACCAAAGCCAACAAGGAAGCCCAGCAGCAGACGAGCCAGAAGACGGAGCUGCAUUUGGCGGGAUCGGACUCGGUCAACGAGGUCGUCUUCAUCGAUGCUUGGGCGGAUGCGUCUGAUCGGAUUUGCGAGCGCUGCAAGGUCGGAGACUUGAUUUCCAUCACAGGUGCUUCUGUGCUGCCCACGCCACAGCCCUGGUCGACCUCCCGUUUGCCUUACCACCUUCGAAUCAAGGGCACGGUCGGGAUUCAAGUUCUCGUGCAGAAGCUAGAGAGCUUGCCUUGGGGCAAGCCCCCUGCGCACCAUCCGUUGGUGUCGUUGGACUCCUUGGCCCGCGUCAAGGGCAAACAACAAGUUUGUGUGGCUGCGCAAGUCGCGGAGAACCCGGGAAGCACGGAGAGAGACGUGCAGAACCAGGGCAGGCAGAACGUCUGCAACGCCGUCCUUCAGCAAGGUGGCACCCGGGUCCGGUGCGCCUUUUGGCGAGGCUUUGCUGACCAACUCGCAACACGAGAGCCGGGAACUUGCUUGCUGCUUCUCCAAGUGCAGGUGGAAAAGAAGAAAGAGGGAUCGUGGGAACUGGGCAGUCUUCGCGCGACGCAAAUCUUGGAUUGCCCGGUGGAGCUCGAGGCGAAGAUUCGGGGAAACCUCAAGGAAGCGUCGGAGUGCAGAAUGUUGACACAGGUUCCAGGUCGCAACUGGAAGGAGUGCGAGGCGGUGUCAUCCUCCCUGAGCUCCCUCGUGGCUGCCAUCGUGCCCGGUCACUUGCGGAAGCUGAGUACGGUCUUCCGAAUUUCGGGGCUGCAGAUAAUGGGACUGAGCUCAGUUCGAUCCGACAGUGAUGACUGGGCACAUCCGGAUGCUACCCAAGAGAACCGCCUGGCUCUGUGCGCGAUCUUCGUCGAUAGCGAUUGCCAGUGCUCUAUGGUUUUGUACCACGACACCAUCGCUGCCAAUGUGGAUCUGGGACAGGAGUUUUCGGGACGAGAUACUCCGGAGCUGCGGACCAAAGUGCUGCGAGGUUUCCAAUGCGCUUUAUGGUGUGCGAAAGUAACGUUCCGAGAAAACGAAUAUCAGCAGAUCAUGGAACUGGAGUGUCGCCACCUCGAGCCCUUCCUGAACUUCCAUGCAGCCUCCUCGGAUCUGUUGCCCCACAUGCUGAAGCUUCCGCGUUGCUCUGUGGGAGGUGGUUGCCCAGUUGCUCCGUUACGGGAAGUGACGAGGGACGCCGACCUCGGCAUGCUCACGGUGCACAAGAUCGAUGCUUCAUCGGUGAGGGCUUUGGUGAUGUUCAACGACGUUGACAUGGCCGACGACGAGAGUUUGCAGCAAGAGAUGAACACGACGUCGGCCAUGAGAGUCAAGCAGUGGGUGGACUGCUGCUUAUGGGGACUGGCCCCGUUUCAAACGGACGAUGCUCCGUUCCGCUGCAAGAUCCGAGCGGCUGGUCCGAGCUCGGCGGUGCGCUGGCUUCUCCAAGGCAGGAAAGGCGACGUCUUCCAGGUCGUGUUGAUGCAGACGGAGACGGACGACGAGUACUCCGUGCUUUGGCACGUGCCAGUCCAGGAGGACGCCUUCGAGUCGGUCCGGACCUAUUAUCGCUAUGUCUGCGCUCAGCAGCAGGAAGCAGACGAGUUGGAAUUUGAGACCAACUGGACGCCUGCGAAGCGGAUCAAGACUGUGAGAGAAAGCAUGCCCACGCCGUCGAAGAACAGCGGUGCUUGGGAAGAGCAGUUCGCCUGA